CUGUUUUGUUUGUCAAAUUUAAAUUUUCUUUUGUCAAAUUACUCAAAUUGUCAAAAUUAUCAUCUUAUUUUAAUCCAGUACACACGUGAUGUCUACAUCCAGUAACAUUUCUCAGUCUGCAUAUUCUGCUUCGGAAUCUGAAACUCCACAAGGUACGCCUCAGAAUAGAAAACAAAAGUUUGAUGAAUCUUUAGAACAUGGAGACUUAGGCCAAAGCAUUGAACAGUCUUUAAAAUGUGCGCAAAAUGAAAUGCACCAGAAGAGAAUUCAAAAUAUUAGAAAAGAACUUGACUAUCUAAAAUCCACAGAAUGGAAAUUUGAGUAUGAUAAAGGUUUUGCUCAGUAGUUGUAUGUUAAAGUAAAUUCACUAUGGUAUCAUAUAUUGCUUCCUGGUUUAAUUACCUUUUCAAUAAAGAUUGUGAGGAAGACAAUGAUGAUUACAAAGAGAAUUACCUGGCAGAACAGCUAGUCGAUUUAGAAUAUGUUAGUGAGCAGGAAGAGAAACAAAAUGAUAAAGUUGAAAAUGUUGAUAUACCCAACAAUGCAAUUUGUUUCCAAAGAACAGGAGUGAUAACAUUCAAAGAUGAUAGUUAUGUCUUGAUAGAUGGGAUGUUUUAUUUUGACACAUCAAACUGCAGCUGCUACUGUAAUGUUAAUGACCAAGUGUUGUACUUGGGCUAUAAAGAUGCAAAUGGAUCAAUAGUGGUUGUAAGAAUUUUAGAAAAUAAGGGCUUGUUUUGGGGUGAAGAAGGAGAAAUAGAGGAGAAUAGUUUUCAAGUCACCGAGCAUAUCCUGGUUGCGGAAGUUGACCGCAGAGAGAAUCGAGAUGUAUAUCUCAAAGAAAGCGAUGUCAAGUUUAAUCUUGAUGAUGUUAAAGGCACAUUUGUACCAAUUAAUGGAGAUUGGUUGGAAAUAACAUGUACUAUUCAAAUGAAUGAUACCAAGCCAUUUGAUAUUUCUAUGAAACAGAUACUAUCAGUGAUGUCCUUUAAACCUCUAAGGACUAAAAUAACAAGUGCCUAUAUCACUGAUUGGACGGGAACAUAUGGCACAUGUGAUAGAUUAAUAUAUUUUGACAAAAACUGUUUAUUGAAUGGAUAUCAACCUGAAGUGAGGUCGAAGGUAAUGGUGGAAGCAAUAGAAAGUAAUCAAAACCUGUGUACAUGGAGAGCAAUUAAAUUAUUAUUACUAGAAGAUUACUCCAAUGAAAAUACCAAACAAUGUUCUGAUGAUAAUAUAGCAACUUUGCAGCUAGAAAAAGAGAAAAGGCUCGAUGUGACCUAUCCAUUGGAAUUUCAGAAUUUGAAUUUUAACAAAGUAUCCAAAAUAUCAUUAAUUAUAUCUAAUAACAGUGAUGAGAUAUACACUUUAAAUAAAUGGAUUAUACUUAGUAACAAAAGGGAUUCUCAAGUUAAAGUAGACCCAUUUUUAACUUCUCCUACUAAAAUUUAUCCUCAAAAAUCCAUACAAUUCAUGAUAACAUGCAAACCUAAAUUUCUUGGAAAAACAAAAGAAUGUUUGAUUAUGUUAUUCAGAGGUUUUCAAAUUAAACGAUUUAUUGAGAUUAAUAUUGUGCAGGAAAAGGAAUUUUUAAAUAAUCCUGUAUGUGACAAUAUUUUAAUGAGCAAAAAUCCGUACGAAAAUUAUGCAAACAUGAGAAAAAUAAGGAAGGAUAAUAAAAGCAUAGUACCCGGUGAAAAAACGAUCAAGCCGCCUGCUUUUGUAUCAGUCAAACUUGGAUCAUUUGCUAUACCUGAAAAAAUAUGGGAUGUUGUUUUAGGUGAUUCAGAGCAGACAAUCCACAGUCAUGAUUAUAGCAAAAUUUUAGAACGUUUAGAAUUAUAUCUGCCUUGCCUGUCAAAGCAGUUAGAAGCGCAGAAUUACAUGGAUAAAUGGCACACUUUGUUGUACAUGGAAGAAAUUCAAAUAAAUAUCAACAUGAGGUCCUAUGAUAUUCCAAAAGUGUUCCUAAUUAGGUGUCAAGAGUAUCUUUGCGUGGAAAUAAAUGGGCUUGCAGAGAAGAGACCAUCAUUGAUAAUCGGUGAUAGAGUUUUGGUAAAAGACAUAUGGCAAAAUAAUAGUCCUCAGUAUGAAGGAUUUAUUCAUGCAAUUAAAGGUGACUUAGUUCUAAUGAAAUUUAAUCCACAAUUCCACGAAAUUUAUAACGGCAGUGAUGUAUCGGUAGAAUUUCACUUUAGUAGAACAAUAUUUAGGCGUGCCCAUCAAGCUAUCAAUUAUGCUAUCUCGAAUCUAGGUCUCCCUGUUUUAUUUCCAUCACAAAUCAUAACAAAAAAACCUCAGGUAUCUAAUGAUGAUGUAAAUAGAAUAAAUUGGUUUAAUAAAGAUUUAAAUGAAUGUCAAAAACAUGCCGUAACAAAUGUUUUACUUGGAGAGUGUCGCCCUAUGCCUUAUUGUAUUUUUGGACCACCAGGAACAGGAAAAACAAUCACAGUUGUUGAAACAAUAUUACAAAUAUUGAGUCACAUUCCAGAAAGUCGAAUUCUUGUAGCAACACCAUCCAACAGUGCGGCAAAUUUAGUGACUCAGAGACUUAUACAAUACAGGAAUAGCUUUACAGGCUCUGUUAUAAGAUUGAUUGCCCAUUCUUUGUUAGAUUCUGACAAUAUACCAGAUGAUAUUAAGCCAUUUUGUGCAACUUUGGAUAUUGCUAAAGAAGAGACAAUGAAAUCAAAACAUAUAGUAAAGAAUGGGAUUAACCUGAACUGCCAGAAAGGGUUCAUUGGACGACAUCGGAUUACAAUUGGAACCUGCUAUUGUUUAGGUUCUUUAGCACAAAUUGGAUUGCCUAAAGGGCAUUUCACACAUAUCAUUGUGGACGAGGCUGCACAAGCUACUGAACCAGAAAUAAUGCUUCCAUUGACUUUCAUUGACAAAGAUAGUGGACAAAUUAUUCUCGCAGGAGAUCCGAUGCAGUUAGGACCUGUAGUUUUAUCAAAAUAUUGUCAAGAAUAUGGAUUGGAUGAGUCCUUCAUGUCUAGAAUAUUGGAGUGUUAUCCUUAUCAAAAAGAUUAUAUUUCAUUUAAAAAUGGAUAUGAUGAUCGUCUUGUCACAAAAUUAAUUGAUAAUUAUCGUUCUUUAGAAGAGGUUAUAUCUUUGCCAAGUGAAAUGUUUUAUGACUCAUCUUUAGUAGCUAAAAUUGACAGAAAUCAACCAUGGAUAUUGCAAGCUAUUGAUGCUACUUGCUCAAUAUUUGGUGGAGAGAUUGCUAAAACUGGUGGUAUAUAUGUACACGGAGUUAGAGGUCAAAAUCUAAGAGCAGAGGACAGCCCUUCAUGGUACAACCCUCAAGAGGCUUCUAUGGUAGCAUUUACUACUUGCAAGUUAUUAAAGAAAGGUGUAACAACUGAUGAUAUUGGCAUUAUAACACCUUAUAUAGCACAGAUCAAAUAUUUAAGGAUACUAUUUGAUUCAAUGGGUGUGGCCCAACCAAAAAUAGGAACUGUUGAAGAGUUUCAAGGUCAAGAACGCCCUAUUAUACUUAUAUCGACGGUCAGAUCUUCAGACGCGUUGGUAGAGACAGAUCAGAAACAUACCUUGGGAUUCGUGAAAAAUCCAAAAAGACUAAAUGUUGCUUUGACUAGAGCUCAAGUGUCCGUUAUUUUAUUUUGUAAUCCUCAUCUUCUCUGCUUGGAUUCUUUGUGGAAGCGAGUGAUUGUAACAGCGAUAAAUUCAGAUAAAUAUAUGGGAAGUGAUGUUCCUGAUAAUGUAAUAUGUAAGAAUUAAAAUAAAUAUUA